UCACUCAGAGAUCACUUGAGAGAUCACUUGAAAGAACGCUCGGAAAACGCUGGGAGAACACUGGGAAAACGCUGGGAGAACACUGGGAGAACACUGGGAGAACACUGGGAGAAUGCUGGGAGAAUACUUUUUCUCUGAGGGCUGAUUGUAUACUUUUUCAUUCAGAAAAGAAAACCUGGUUUGGUUCAUUGAGCGUGAUGCAGUGAGAAGUUUAGCUCAGAAGGAGAGCUGUACACUUGUUUAAUGUAAUGUAAAAAGACAGACAGACAGACAGACAGACAGACAGACAGACAGACAGACAGACAGACAGACAGACAGACAGACAGACAGACAGACAGACAGACAGACAGGAGUACAUCUGAACACAACACUUAGUUUAUUGUUGGUUUUUCUUCAGUGUGGAUCAUUGUGUCUGCAACGCCCACUCUGGCUGCAAUGGGGAACUUCAGCUCUACAGAGAUUGAAGUUUUCAAAGGCAUCGUAUCAGCUGCGGGGACUGAGACACACCGUCCACUGGAGACACCUGCAUCAUUUAAUCAUGAUGAAGUGUGGGAUCGUCUGAGUGAAACACUACAGGAACCCAAACUGUUGUCCCUCCAGUUCCUCCAAAACAGUACAGAGGUGGCUGGAGAACCUUCAGACCCUAAAGCAGAUUUUCCUUCAAAACCAGAAGUCUCUCCAUCUCCAGAGGUUUUUAUUGAAUCCUGUAACUCCUCUUCGCCAACCGUCCCCAGAUCCUCCGAUUCGUCCCUGUCGCAUCCUAAACCCCGCCUCAUUGCUCAUGGUCCUCCAACUUUACAGAAACUCAACGUGGAGCUUCAAGACAUGAGAGAGGAGCUGGAGCUGCUGAAGACUCAGCACAAGAGAGAAAUUAAACUGCUGAUGAAUGAGUUAGAUGAAGAAAAGAAAUUGCGACUUUCACUGCAGCUUGAGGUGGAGCGUCUUAAGAAGCACAUGUCCAAAUGAGACGUGAACGGAUGUUACCAUGACAACUGUGGAACUGAAACACACUCUUCCUGGAUGAAACAUCUUGGAGUUCAAGAGAAGGUGGUUUAAUGCAAAUAGUACUUCUUAUCUUGAGUUUUUGUGGUCAUGGAGCAAAAGACACACAUGACACACCAAUACACUAUGACUUCAGAAUUGCCUUUCAUAUACAGUCAUAGUUUCCUUUUCAUAUCAAAGCUCAUAUCAGUGUUUUGUGUAAUUAUCCUGAAGACACGUUUAGUAGUAAAUAUGGAGUUGAAACUCUGUUGCCAUCUGCUGAGGAACUGCUGUAAAUGUUUUAGGGAAAUGUUUGAUAGUUAUGUGGAGUUUUUAUUUCAUGCUGAACUGUGAAUUAAACAUCUA